AUGAAACUGUGUUCAGAUCACUGCUGUGCCAGAUGCCCUUACGGUUGGAUCCGCUAUGGAAACAGGUGUUACAUGUUCUUCUACCAGCAAAUGACCUGGGCUCAAGCAGAGCGUUACUGCACACACCGUGGUGGGAAUCUGGCCUCGAUCCCCGAUGAUGGCGUGCUGGAUUUCCUCAGAGGUUAUGUUUACAGAGUGACUGGUGCGUACAGACAAGUCUGGCUCGGAGGUCAUGAUGCCGUCGAGGAGGGUAUAUGGAUGUGGAGCAACGGCGACAGGUUUUACUUUAAGAAGUGGGCCAAGGGUCAACCCAACAAUGGUGGAAGAGGGGAACACUGCAUGGAAAUGAACUACAAAGGGCAGUACGUCAAUGAUACCUGUUGUGGGCAGAGGAGACAUUUCUUCUGUGCCAGGAAUCUGUGAGAACCUUCACCGCUUGCUGUGGCGUCCACCGAGAGGAAGUCUCUUCUUCACUGAUGAUGUCACUUCCAGCA